GCUGAAUCUCGACUAACAACGGCCAGAGAAGUUGAGCAUUAACUGGCUCAAACCUCACCAACAUGGCGAAAUCAGCAACUAAAAAGCGUCAGCGGGAGACAGAGGACUUCUCCGAAGCCCCCAAUCAAGAUGAUACCCGGCCGAAGGUUCCUCCUCCCAAAAAGGCUCGGGUUGAAUCCAGCCGGACGCUCUUCGUUCGCUCUCUACCUCCGUCUGCCACGGACGAGUCCCUCACCGAGUUUUUCUCGCAACACUACCCCGUGAAGCAUGCGGUGGUCGUCCUUGAUCCCAAGACCAGAACCUCUCGAGGAUACGGUUUCGUCACCUUUACGGACGAAGACGACACUAUCGAAGCCAAAGAGAAACUCGGCAAGGAGCUGCUCGACGGACGUCGAAUUAGACUGGAUAUUGCCGAACCAAGACAGCGCGACAGCAUUAAAGGCGCAUCCAGCACCAUCUACUCAAAGGUGGCCGAGGAGAAACGCAAGCGGGAAGAAGCUGUCGCCGAGGCGAAGAAACCGCCCAAACUCAUCAUCCGCAAUCUGCCUUGGAGUAUCAAGACAUCCGCUCAGCUCUCUGCUCUCUUCCGAAGCUAUGGCAAGGUCAAGUUUUCAGAUCUUCCCAACGCAAAGGGCAAACUUUCCGGCUUUGGUUUCGUGACUCUUCGAGGCCGAAAAAACGCGGAGAAUGCGAUGGAAGGUCUCAAUGGCAAGGUCGUUGACGGGAGAACCUUGGCUGUGGACUGGGCAGUCGACAAGGAGACUUGGCAAAAGACACAUGAGCCUACGGAAGUAGAGCCUACGGAAGCGGAGCCCAAGGAAGCAGACUCCGAGCUUGAAGACGUGGAUUCUAAGAGCACUCAGAAAGCAAAGAAGCCCAAGGUUGAUGCCGACGGCGAUGAGCCGAUGACUCAGGAAGACGCAGACAUUGCAAACUUCAUGAAGAAUCACAUGGAAAACCUUGAGGAUGAAAGCGAUGGCAGCGAUGACGAGGAACGUGGCAGUCAGGACGAUGAAAAAGCUGACGAAGAAGGCGACGCUUCUGAAGAUGGUAACGAGAAGAAAAAAGAAGCACCACGGAUCACCGACAACUCGACAACUCUUUUCAUUCGCAACCUUCCGUACACUACGACCGAGGAGGAACUGAAGGCCCACUUCACCCAGUUUGGGCCGGUCAGAUACGCUCGAGUCGUGAAGGACCGCUUGACUGAUCGGCCGGCUGGCACAGGCUUUGUGUGCCUUUUCAGCGUUGAUGACUUCAAGGAUUGCCUGAGGAACUCUCCUCGACGCCAGCCUGCGACGACUCUGGGGAAGCCCUCGAUCCUUCAAGACGAGAGUGUCGACGAGGACGGCAGGUAUACCAUGCAAGGGCGCGUCCUGCAGGUCGCACAAGCGGUGAACAAGGACGAGGCAACGCGGUUGGCGUCCGAUGGCCCAGGUGCUCGGAAGCACGAGGACAAGGACAAGAGGAGGCUCUAUCUCCUGUCAGAAGGCACCAUUGCGAAGAACUCGGCUCUGUAUGACCUGCUUGCUCCGUCCGAAAUCAAGCUCCGAGAAACCAGCGAGAAGCAGCGGAAGAAGAUGAUCCAGUCCAACCCCAGUCUGCACCUGAGUCUGACUCGUCUCGCCAUUCGAAACAUUCCCCGAGAGGUUACCGCCAAGGACCUCAAGGCUCUGGCUCGCCAAGCCGUUGUCGGGUUUGCGAAGGACGUGAAAGAGGGCCGACGACAGCCUCUCUCGAAGGAAGAAGUGGCGAGGGGCGGGCAGCAAGACAGGGAUGCGGAACAGCACAGGAAGGAGAAGGGCAAGGGUGUGGUGCGCCAGGCAAAGAUUGUCUUUGAGACCAAAGAGGGCUCCAAGGUCUCUGAAGAUGGCGGCGGGAAGAGUCGAGGCUACGGCUUCAUCGAGUACUCUUCGCAUCGCUGGGCACUCAUGGGCCUGCGUUGGUUGAACGGUCAUCCGCUGAUAACCGAUGCCGGAAAGACACUGAGGCUGGUCGUGGAGUUCGCCAUCGAAAAUGCAAACGUGGUUCAGAGGCGGAAGGCGCUUCAGGAAAGGUCCUCUAGGAGGCCAGAGCAGGACAAUUCGGCUACGCAGCGUGGCCCCGGUGCAGGCCCGUCGUAUAAUUCCCGGCCCAGAGCAAAGGCUUGGGGGCCGAAGGGGAGGGGGAAGGAAAAGAAGGAGCAGACUAAAGUUGAAGAGAAGGCCCCGGCCGGGCCUCCCGGGAAGGCGCCAGAUGAGGAGCUGGCCAUGAGGACCAGGAUUAUCGCGCGGAAGCGGUCGCUUCGCAAGAAGAAGGCGAUUGUGCGCGGUAAAUAAAAGGCUGCUUCCCAUGUCCUUGACUACAAAUCCGGGGGGGAAGGGGGUGAAGGGGUGUCGUUGUGGAUGUGCUAUUCUGAGUCAUUGCUACCACUGUUCACUUCACAGUUCACAGCUACCACCUGUUAGCAUCGACAAUU